UCAACGAAUCGAAACGGCCUGAUGCACAAAACAUACACGGACAAGGUAUUGCGCGAUGCAGAGAGAGACGCAUGCCUAAGCUGCCAGUGUACCUGGCCAAACAUUAUGUUGGUGAGCCCUCCGAGGAAGAGGGGGAGACAGAAGAGGAAAUAAACUGCCCAAAGUGCGGUGCUCUUCAUGUCGAGCCACCAUUUGGCCAGCAUUUGGUCCUCGGCGGGCGCGUCAAUCUGCACAGACCACACAAAAAGCAUCUUUGUUCGUGCGGUGCAGUAUUCACACUCGGCCGCAAGAGCCUGGGCAUCAUCCCGAGACGCACAGCGACUCACCUGGGUGACAUUCAGCCGCCCUGGUAUCCAUUGUCGCGUCUUGGUGAGGUGCUGGGUGAGUGUGGACGGUCGAUGAGUGUGGAUCGAGCCAGUAUGCAGGCACAUCCAUCGGCAGCAGCUGAUGUCGAUGAAGAGAUGCCGCAGCUGGUGUGCGAAGCCGAUGUAUGCCCACCAUUGGCUUUCCCUCCAAACUGGACUGCACCAGACAUACAAAUGCACAAUGAGAGGCUUGACAUGAUAGACAUGUCAUUUGCUGACAUCGAUGUGUGUUUCUUCGCUGAUCUCGAGCCACGCAGUUACCAGGAGGUAUUGCGAAGCCCAGAGAAGGCCGAAUGGCUCGAAGCGAUGAACAAAGAGCACACGUCCAU